GUUGUCAGCAGCUGUUGGAUAGAAGACGGAGGAAAAGUGCUUCUUGUGUCCGGAGGGUGACUGUCUGCAGGCGGACACUUUCACACAGCACGUUUCGCUUAAAAAAAGAUGGUUACCUUGUGACUGGAUAUCUAGACACUGGAGCCUCCGCAGGUCUCCCGGUGAUAGUAUCACUUACACAGCUUCUGAAGGCAUCGAUAAGACCAAAAAAAAAAAAACUGUGAUAAAGGACUAGUGUCAAGACAGGUCGGAGUUGAAGCCAUUCCCCCUCUCUCUCUCUCUGCAAUGCAGCCCGAACAUUCAGGUUUUUUUAUAUUAUAUUAUAAAAGUAGGUAGCGGCGCCAUCAUCAUCAUCAUGAACGUGGGGACGGCGCACAGCGAGGUGAACCCCAACACCCGAGUGAUGAACAGCAGAGGAAUGUGGCUGUCUUACAUCCUGGGCAUCGGCCUGCUGCACGUCAUCCUUCUCAGCAUCCCCUUCGCCAGCGUACCCGUGGUCUGGACCCUCACCAACCUCAUCCACAAUCUGUGCAUGUACCUCCUCCUCCACACGGUCAAAGGGACGCCCUUCGAGACCCCGGAUCAGGGCAAAGCUCGCCUGCUCACACACUGGGAGCAGAUGGACUACGGCGUUCAGUUUACGGCUUCGCGCAAGUUUCUAACCAUCACGCCCAUCGUCCUGUAUUUCCUCACCAGCUUUUACACCAAAUACGAUCAGGCCCAUUUUGUGGUCAACACUGUUUCCUUGCUCACUGUACUCAUCCCCAAGCUGCCUCAGCUGCACGGCGUCAGGAUCUUUGGGAUUAAUAAGUACUGACAAGGUGGAAGAGGACACCUCCUCCUUCUCUUGGUCCCAACGGACUGCUGAGAGCACUAUACGGAGCAUCGGGCCUCUGGAUUUUUUUUUUGGCCGCCGAGCCUCCGGAGGAUAUGCGGCGGCUCUUUUGGCUCCGAACUCUACUGAGCAACACUCUCUCUUAAAUGAAGCCUUCUGGGGAUACUGCCAUGGUACCAAACCCCCCCUAACUCCCCCCCACCCCCCCCACCCCCACCCCACCAGGCAAGACACUAUACAAAGGGAACGUGUACUGUUGUGAUUAUAUUUGUGGCCUCUAUCUCCUCCUGAGCCUUUGCAAACGUUUGUAAAGUGUUGUAAUAAGUUGAGUUUGAGAGUUUUCUGGAGUGAAAGGUGUCGCGGUAGGAAAAGGAAAUGAGGAAGGGGGGGGGGGGGGGUGAAAACUGUAGUUGCACAAAUAUGAAAAGUGCCAUUUGACACCGGUUGGCACACUUAGGCGGUAAUCAAAAGUUAUUUUAUAUGUAAUGAUACACUACACUGCUGUAUUUAUUCAGCUUCAUUCCCACGUGAAGCUUCCUCUUUUUUCUUGGAGGGUUAGCGUAAAAAACAAUGAUUUAAUGAAAUGUUGAGGGACCUGUGAACCGCUGCAGAGGCAACACACCAGAAACCACAAGGUUUUUAUAUUUAGCUCCUCGCUGCUCCGCUCAGGGGCCAAGAUUGGGAAGUUAAGCUACUCUUUAUUUUGAUCUGACCAUUUCCAUAUUUGGACGCCUCUUGUUCUGGUUUGUGUCACGGCAAAAAAAAAACGUCUGUCUGCACAAGAGCACUCUAACCCUGCAAUAGAUAGAUAGAUAGAUAGAUAGAUAGAUAGAUAGAUAGAUAGAUAGAUAGAUAGAUAGAUAGAUAGAUAGAUAGAUAGAUAGAUAGAUAGAUAGAUAGAUAGAUAGAUAGAUAGAUAGAUAGAUAGAUAGGAUUUCAGUGUAAAGCAGCACCAUUGAGAAGAAAUCACACAGGCUAAAAAGUAACAUAAGAAGUUAAAUGAAUUAUAAUGUCAUCCUAUGGACAGGCAGGAAAUUCACCUUAGAGUUAGAAUAAAAGCUGAGCCGAGAUGUUGCAUGAGCUCGUUCACUUUGAGGCAAAUUAUGCACUUAAGUUAUCAGUUUAUUACAGUAGGUACGCCUCUUCAGUCUAAUGCAACACACUACAGGAGCUCUGCAGCACUUCCUGACAUUUUUAAAUGUUUUGUUAACCCACAUUUACAUAUUUGGGUAGAAUAGGGUAGAAUAUGAGGAAGAUGUUUUAAUUAUGAAGGGAAUAUUCACCCAUAGAAUAAUAAUAACCCCAAAAAAUGAAUAUAAACAAGGACAAAAGCUGAAUUAAUUGAUUUUUUUGGACUUCUUAGGAGCAGUGCAACAAAAUGUGAACCUAACUUUGACGUAUUAUCACCACAGAAAUCCAACAAUUG